GUGCUGUGCUCUCUUUUGCUUGCCAUGACUCCUGCCAAGCAUGGUGCCAGAUCAUCAACGUGUCUGAAUCCCACUCAUCUCCCCUCGCCUUUAUGAAUGGGACUCUCAAUGAAACAAAUCGGAGCAUUUCCACGCCUGCUGGAAGCAAAUAUCGCCUCUAUGUUGGCUUGGCUUUGGCAAUAAGUUCUAGUAUCUUUAUUGGUUCUAGUUUCAUACUGAAGAAGAAAGGACUUUUGAAACUGGCAGUCAAAGGAGUCCCCCGAGCUGGACAGGGUGGAUAUUCUUAUUUGAAGGAAUGGCUCUGGUGGGCUGGAUUGCUAUCAAUGGGAUUAGGAGAAGCUGCAAACUUUGCUGCCUAUGCCUUUGCGCCUGCAACCUUAGUUACCCCCUUGGGUGCGCUGAGUGUUCUCAUAAGUGCUAUAUUGUCAUCCUAUUUUUUAAAUGAGAAGCUGAAUAUUCAUGGGAAGCUGGGCUGUGUACUGAGCAUUUUGGGAUCAACGGUCAUGGUUAUUCACGCCCCUGAGGAGGAGGAGGUCACCUCACUAGAUGAGAUGGAAAGAAAGCUGCAAGAUCCAGCGUUUGUUACGUUUGCUGUUCUCCUAACAGUUGUUGCCCUCAUGUUGAUUUUUAUCAUGGCUCCAAGGAAAGGUCAGACAAAUAUACUGAUCUACAUUUUAAUUUGCUCACUCAUUGGUGCCUUCUCCGUCUCAUCUGUGAAAGGCCUGGGCAUUGCCAUUAAACAAAUGCUGGAGCGGAAGCCAGUUUAUCGACAUCCAUUGGUUUACGUUUUGGUGGGCAUCUUAGUGCUCUCCGUCAGCACUCAGAUCAACUAUCUCAACAAAGCAUUGGACAUGUUCAAUACAUCUCUAGUAACACCUAUUUAUUAUGUGUGUUUCACCACAACAGUUGUGACAUGCUCCAUCAUCCUGUUCAAGGAGUGGAGCAGUAUGGACCUGGGUGAUAUCAUUGGAACCCUGAGUGGAUUCUGCAGUAUCAUCAUAGGCAUUUUUCUAUUGCACGCUUUUAAAAAUACUAAUAUCACCUGGAGUCAGUUGAUGUCUACUGUUGCCAAAGAACCAUCAUUACCACACCAUGAAUAUGAAACCUGUCACACUUUACUGGAGAGUAUGGAAGACCCAGCUUUGCUGUAUGAGGAGGACAAUGUUUUAUUCAGUCAAUGA